AUGCCUAGAACUUAUUGUAAAAGAUCACCUCAACAAACCUUGAUCAACACCAAAAGUGAUGUGGUAAGCCAGGUGGAGGAGUCUUCGCAGGUACUGAAUUUUGUCGAUGCCGCAAGCCUAGCAUAUGGCCUGAACAAUGGCCCUUUCGGUUCCGAUGCCCACGGCGAAGAACUCGACUUGGUUCUGCAUAUCGACUAUAACUUCAAUUCUCUGGAUCUGUGGGUUGUCGAUGUUGAGAAUUCGGCAAGUAAUCUUGAGAAUAGAUCCUACAGCCAGUGA